AUGUUCUCAGAGCUUUUACACCGCGUAUGGCUCCAGAUGCCAUCCACGCUCCGACUAUGGACCUACAGAAAGCUUUGCAAGCUCGGAAAGUACCUCUAUGGUCAGGCGAAUCAAUUUGGAGGUAGUCAACGGCUUCCUUGUGGGCUGUUCAUGAAGUUUGGUCACAUAGAGCGCGGGCCUGACUUCGAGAAUGAGUUCCGUGCUCUACAACUUGUUCGAAGUAACACUUCCAUUCCGGUUCCACGUCCCAUAGAUCUCAUAAAGACCAGCGACGAAUCUUAUUUCGUCAUGACGACUAUGCCUGGGCAACAACUCGGGGAAGUAUUCGACAACUUAGGAGGCUCGGAGAAAUGCUGCAUCACCGCCCAGAUUGCUGAUUUUGUGCGGCAAGUACGAAGUAUACGGAACCCCUAUCUCAUCGAAGCAGGAUGGCUGUUGUGUAAUGCACUAGGAAGGGGUCUCAUUGACAUUCGUCUUCGGGAUCAUGAUGGCGGACCAUUUGCCUCUGAGGCAGCAUUCAACGAUGCUCUGGUACCAGCAGCAGCCUCCUCCCUGCGGCAUAUCGACGGUCACGAAGUAUAUUUCGCUCAUGGUGAUCUGACACAUACCAAUAUUCUAUGCAAGAAUGGAAAGAUAUCAGCAGUUAUUGACUGGGAAUUCGCCGGUUGGUGGCCCGAGUACUGGGAUUACACAACGGUUCAUCGAUAUGAACGACACGAAGGAUGGCUCAAUAUUAUGAGAGGGGCGUUCAAGAAAGUUACAGACCUCAAAAAGCCAUAUUUGAAAGAAAUAUAUAUUGAAGAAGCAUGCCAAGAGUACGAUGAGAUUUGGUAG